AUCCUUGGAUGUCUGUGACCUUUUUUAAAAUUGGAAAUAAGCAUCUUUUGUAAAAACUUUAUUGCGUUAAUCACUGGUAAUAGAUUUUAUGUUUGUUUUUUCAAGUUUUUGUUUUUUGCUGUCAAAACACGUCAAGUCCGUUUAUUCCGUCAGUCCAGGUAACAGCACAGACACGGGGCACGAAGGGGCGCGAGGCCUGGAGUGCGCGAGCAGGCGGAAGUAGGAAGUUCUGCAGUGAUGAGGACCAGCCGGGCACUGUCCGUUCUGGUGGGCGGAGUCUUCUGCGUAGCGAUGAUGUCACUGUUCCGUAUGCUUGAGCUCAUGCAGUGGUCGGAGCGCAGGAGGUCGCCCCCUGAUGGACAGCUGGAUGUGGAUUUGUCCCACCUCCUGCAUAAGAUGAACAGGUUGGAACAUCUCCUUGAUGAGAAUAAUCACAUGGUUGCUGGACUCCGUGACUCUGUUCUCCGCCAGAGAGCAUCAUGGGAAGCAGCACAUUUAGAAUCAAAGGCAGAGGGCGGGACAAAUGUGACCUCAGACUAUGGCCCCAGACCAGGUGACAUGGUUCCUGGUUGCCAUUUGGCCAAAGAGAUCAAGGACAGGACCAAUGGUGUGCAGCUGCUGGAUGUAUACAACCUUUUGGCUUUUGACAAUCCCGACGGUGGCGCCUGGAAACAAGGAUUUGAGAUCCGUUACCAAGGCAAUGAGUGGGAUGAUCAGCCUUUGGAGGUUUUCCUGGUUCCUCACUCACACAACGAUCCCGGCUGGUUGAAGACAUUUGAUGGGUAUUAUCAGGAUCAGACUCGACACAUUCUCGACAACAUGCUGAUUAAACUGAGUGAGGACAGCAGGAGGAAGAUGAUUUGGGCAGAAAUCAGUUAUUUUUCCAAAUGGUGGGAUGACAUCGAUGACCAGAAGAGGGCAACAGUCAAACAGCUGCUGCGGGCCGGUCAGCUGGAGCUGGUGACGGGAGGUUGGGUGAUGGCUGAUGAAGCUAACUCGCAUUAUUUCGCUCUGCUCGACCAACUGAUGGAGGGACACCAAUGGAUGCAGCGCCACCUAGGUCUGAAGCCAAGCAACGGCUGGGCUGUGGAUCCCUUUGGUCACUCCCCCUCCAUGACCUACCUACUGAAGGGGGCGGGGCUUAAUGCCAUGGUUAUUCACCGGGUGCAUUACGCUGUCAAGAAGCACUUUGCUCAGCAGCAGACGCUUGAGUUUCUAUGGCGACAGAAUUGGGACUCCUCCUCUCAUAGUGACAUCACAUGUCACAUGCUGCCAUUCUACAGCUAUGAUGUUCCGCACACAUGCGGACCAAACCCCGCCGUCUGCUGCCAGUUUGACUUCCACCGGCUGCCAGGUGGACGGGUCUUCUGUCCAUGGCGGGUGUCGCCUCAGCCAAUCACAGAGCAGAACAUCAAGGAGAGAGCGAGCCUGCUACUGGACCAGUACAGACAGAAGUCCCGCCUUUUCCGUUCUUCUGUGCUACUUGUUCCUCUCGGAGAUGAUUUUCGAUUUGCUGAGUUGGCUGAGUGGGACGCUCAGUUCAUCAAUUACCAGAAACUAUUUGACUACUAUGACCAGCACCCGGAGCUCCACAUCAAGGCUCGUUUCGGGACGCUGUCUGAUUACUUUGAGGCUCUGCAGCGACGGCUGCAUGCCACGGCAUCCACACUGCCAACGCUACGAGGCGACUUCUUCACAUACGCCGACCGCGACGACCACUACUGGAGCGGGUACUUCACCUCCAGACCGUUUUACAAACAUUUAGACCGAACGCUGGAGGCCACACUCAGAGCGACAGAAAUACUCUUCAGCCUGACGUUGGCCGAAAUGCAUCAUUUCCACGGCAACAACCAUUCGACCACAGACUUCCCUGUCCGCGAACACUUUAAGCGUUUGUCGGCGGGGAGGCGGAGCCUGGCUCUGUUUCAGCACCAUGAUGCCAUCACUGGCACUGCCCGCGACCCGGUGGUAGUGGACUACGGCACCAGGUUAUUCCAGUCAAUCCUGAACCUGCACCAAGUGCUGCAGAGCUCCGCCCACUGGCUGCUCCUAUUGGACAGGAAUCAAUACAGCCACGAUCAGUCUAUACCCUUCUUGCAGAUGGGUGAUGUCACAGCUUCACACGACAUGCUGCCGCAGAAAAAGUUGCUGAAGCUGAGCAAGGAGCCCAGGUCCUUGAUCAUCUUCAACCCGACAGAGCAGCGUCACUCGUCUGUUGUCAGUGUUGUCGUUGAUGUGCCGGAUGCUCAUGUGAUUGAAGCAGAAACAGGCCAACCAAUGGCUGCACAGAUCUCUGCAGUGUGGGAGGAGCCAAGUCGUGCAUCCACAAAGAAUUUCCAGCUCUCUUUUGUUGCCGACAUCCCUCCACUGGCGCUCGUUGUGUAUCAUGUGACCAAAGCAUCUGCAGGCUCCACCCCCAGGGCAAACUACAUAUUUCUUCAGCGUAAUUUGUCGGGGCCGUUAAAAGUCCAGGUGGACCACUUCCAGGUGUCCCACCACCAAGGGUCCGCGGCAGACGCUUCACUGUCACUAAGCAACAAGUACAUCCAAAUAUGGAGUUCCACUGACAGUGGCUUACUACAGAAGCUACGUCUCCAGUCUGGCCUCGUCCGUCAGGUCCAAGUCCAAUUCCUGUGGUACGGAACUAGAACCGAAUGGAACAAGGACAAGAGCGGAGCCUAUUUGUUCCUGCCUGGAAAGGAGGGGGCCCAGCUCUACGAACCCUCCAAACCUCCACUGAUUCGUGUUUCCAGAGGUCCGGUUUUCUCUGACAUCACUUCCUAUUUUCAGCAUUUCACUCACACAGUCCGACUGUUCCACGUGGAUGGGCAUGCUGGGAGCUCACUGAAGAUCUCCAAUAUGGUGGACAUCAGGUCAGAGGUCAACCGUGAGCUUGUCAUGCGUCUCGUCACUGAUGUUGCCAAUGGCAACAGUUUCUACACGGACCUCAACAGCUUCCAGAUGCAGCAGCGUCGGACGCUCUCAAAGCUCCCCCUACAGGCCAACUUUUACCCAAUGAGCUCCUCUUCCUUCCUUCAGGAUGCAUCAUCACGUCUGUCUUUGCUGUCGGCUCAGAGUCAGGCCGUAGCCUCGCUGCAACAGGGCCAGCUGGAGGUGGUGUUAGACCGGCGGUUGCAGCAAGAUGAUAACCGUGGCCUUGGACAGGGCGUGACUGACAACAAACUAACGGCGAGCCAUUUUAGCCUGCUGCUGGAGAGCAGGAAGGGUGGAUCUCAGGAUGUGGGUGGAGCCUUAGUGGAGCAGCUGUCACUGCUAGCCCACCUGACCUCACUCUCUCUAUGCCACCCACCAAUCACACUUGUUGCUCGUGGUGACAGUCGGCUGCCAAAGCUACGCCCCUUCACACCACUUCAGUCCUCGCUGCCGUGUGACCUUCACCUGUUGAACCUGAAGACACUGGAGGAUGAAAAGGAAGCAGGAAGUCCUUCACAGGAAGUGGGUCUUCUCCUCCACAGGAAGGCCUUUGACUGUAGUUGUGCCCCUGUUGUGCCACUUCGUUGCACGUGGAGUGCACACAAGGAGGUAGACUUGGACCGUGUUUUUGCUCCUCUUGAGUUUGGUUCUGUUCGUCCCUCUGGACUCACUCUGCUGCAUGACCACGAUGAGCCUGUGCUGCCAUGGCCUCGCAUCGUCCGCCUGCAGCCAAUGGAAAUCACAGCCUUCCGUGUGCAAAUCAACUAAAGGGCAUUAAAGGGUUUGUUUUUUGUUUUUGUUUUUUUUGUUUGUUUGUUUGUUUGUUUUUUGUGGGAUAAAGUUUUCCAGCCAGUGAGCAUCCACUUCCUGUGUCACUGCUGCCAUGAGAAGCGGCAGUUUUCCUGUGGAUCUGUAAAUAUCAGGAAAGCAGCAAAAACUUUGACUCUCUGGAGCUGCAGGUUUAUGACGGGUUUUAUUGGGACUAAAGUAAUUACAUGGGAAUGCAUAAAGACUGUGUCCUUGUCCAAGAAUCUCAUGUCCUGAACAUUAAAGUUUUGGAGCGGGAACAUGCUGCCCUCAGUCCUGGAUGACAGCCAUUACGGUAGAUCACCAUAUCAUUUUCACCUCCCAAAAGUAGCUGUCUGUGUGGGCGUGGCCAGAUUACUAGCCAAAUUACUGAAAUACAAGUAACUAUGACAGAAUUCUGUUAAGGACAGAGCUGUGUCUGUUGUUGACAUCCAAGUGAUCCGCUAUUUCUUUGUCAUGAGGUCAAAGGUCAGAGGUGCUUGAUGAUGCUGAUAUCUUUGCAGGAGAAUGAAGGUCCAAGUCUUUAGGGUUCUGGUGCUUCCUGAGAAUUGGGCUGUAACCAUUGACCUAAGGUGACGACUGGAUGUCUUUGGUGCUAGGUCUCUGUGGAGGAUCCUUGGGUCCCGCUGGAAUGACUUUGUGUCCAAUGAGCGAUUAGUUAGUGAGACUCUUGAUGAGUAGGAUCUCUGACAUCGUAAGGGAACAUCAGCUAAAAUUUACUGGUCAUGUGGUGUGUUUCUCUGGAUUUCUCAUGAUCCAACACACUGGUGCCUCAGUGUUGAGGACCCCAGAGACUGCAGAAGGUCAAGGACACACCCACACUUCACCUGGCUGCAGCAGCUAGAUAGUUACUUUGGAGAGGUGGGGAUGGAUCAGUUUUCUCCUGGGUGGCUGCCAACCAGGACCCAAGGCUGUUCUGUGGUGAAGUGGAUGCAGCAGCAGAGCUGCUCCCUAACCCGACCCUUUCCGGAGUCAUCAAGUCCUUCGUUUUAGUCUAUUGGGAUGAAACCUAACAAAUUGAAACAAAGAUUGUUUACAGCUGCACCAGGAAAAAAACAGACCAGCCCGACAAGGACCCUGGGGCGCCAACAAGGCACCAGGGCCCUGACAAGGCUCAGGGGCUACCUGCUUCUGUCGUAAAACAGACUUCAAAACUUCCUGUCUUUACUGGGACAUCAAAACAUCAACUUAAAAUUAGUAAUUCAACCCUGUUGGGCCAUCAGAUCAGAGUUCAUGUCCACUUCUGACAAAUUAGAAAACAUAAAUAAAUGCAGGUUUUAAAAAAUAUGACGUUUUGGCCCAUAAAACAUACUCGAAAUAAAAUAUAGAAAACCAAAAAUACAGUGAUUUAUGUUGUCAAAAUCAAUCAGAAUCAAAUAAAUGGACAAAUUUUUAAUUCAGUAAUAACUUGAAUAUCAGCACUGAAAGGUCAAAGGUCAGUGAGCACAUGACCAUGUCUUUGAUACACCCAUGAAAGUAAAAGGUCAAAUAGUUUUCAGUGUUUGAAUAACCAUGCCCCUCUUCUGUAGGGGUGGAGCUAAUGGUCGCUAUACUGAUACAAAGGGAGGAAAAAGAUGGAUUGAUUUUUUUUUUUUUUUUUUUUUUUUUUUUUUUUUUUUAAAUAGAAUGUAAACUGUUACUAUGGCAACUGUCAAUCGUGGGUCUAUGAUGCUGUGUUCCUGCUGAAAAUAUUCACUGGAGUGGUUUUUUUUUUUUUUUUGUCUCAGAAAAGUGUGUAACUGUGUGUCAAUGUGUGAAUGUUAAUUUAAAAUGUCUUUAAAAAUAAGAUUUUAAAAGCCUUUGUGAAUGUUACUAUGCACAAAUUUAUAUAUUUAAUUUUUAUGAAUACUUACUGUGAAGGAAAAUAUUUUGAUGAAAUAAUGAUUCAAAAAGGAGAAAAUCUGAGCAACCAUAAAUUUAUAAAUCUUUAAAAUGGUCUUCAGUGGUGUUUGAAUUUUCUGUUUUUCACUUUUGAUUUCUUUUGCUGAGCCAAGUACUUGUGUGUGUGUGUGUGUGUGUGUGUGUGUGUGUGUGUGUGUGUGUGUGUGUGUGUGUGUGUGUGUGUGUGUGUGUGUGUGUGGUUAAAUUUGUGGUUUAAAAAUAGAGAAUAAAUUAUAUUUAAAAAAUGUAAUUAAAUUUGUUUAUAUUUUUUUAUUAUGUGAUAGGUUCCAGGUAAAAUUACAUCAUUUUCUGUUGACAACAAUGCAAAGUGAAUCCUGCUUCAAAUCUGAUUGCUUUAUGUGAAGCUUUGUGACUGAUUUGUACUAUUAUUAAUAUAUAUCAUUUAAGAAUCUGUGCCUGAGAUUAAAAAUAUUUGGGAGUCAGA